AUGUAUGAAUCUGCCAACUACGAGUCCAACCGCAAUCAGCUUGGAAGUGCUCCUUUCCCGCUCAGCUGGGAUGACAGCUGUGUCAUGCAAUCCUCAGACGUAGCGUGGAUCGAUGAUCACAACGACAGUGCAUCAGACGUUUUCGGCUUGAUUUCAUCCGGUUCUCAUUUUGGAGCAACUCUGUCAUCCGUUGAGUCUGGUUUGUUAAACACAGAUCUAGAUAAUCGCUCCGAGGAGUUCGAAGGGCCCCUGUCCAUCUUCCUAACAAGCGAAAGUGAUUAUGAGGCGGUAGAAGUUCCAAGGACGCAACCGAUACAGGUAGAGUCCGGUGCGUGCUCAGCCUCGCUCGCGAGUGCAGAGGCCCAAGAGCUGUCCUCUCAGCCAUUGCAGUCCUCUAAAUGUUACACGAGACCGAGGUUAGCAACUCGAAAAAGCAACCCUUUUUACUUACCUUCCAAACAUAUAAGGAAUAUGAUCGCCAAGGAGAGGCAACGAAAGAGCUCUCGUAAAAUCUCCAUUGGAGCUGAAAAAUCUUGGGAAAGUUCUGAAGAUUUGAAUAUGCAUCCCAAGUAUGAAAAACCGGGGCUGGAGAGACGGCAAACAGUUGGCUGA